GUAACCCCACCUGUCACCUCUUACCUGUCACUUGUACCUGACGCGUAGCCCGCAGUACACCUAUUAUACAACGUAACCAAACGUUAAGAUAGCAGCGCAACAGGAAACAGUUUGUAAAAGGCAAAAUAUUUUAUCACAACACCUGCUUUUAUGUACCUGCUACAGCUGCUGCUAGCUAACGGAGGCUAACAUCAUCAGGUUUUAUUUAAACACUGAAUUAAUGAAGUGUUAAGUGUCAGGAGGAUUAGACUGAAGCUAACUGGAGCUAUUUGAUGCCAACUAAAGCUAACUAAUGGGUCCUCAGUCCUUGGUCGUCAGUCCUUGGUGCCUCUGAUGAUAUGAGCAGCUCUGCUCAUAGGAGGAGGAGGACCGCAGGAAGUCCUCUGGUUUCCAGACCUAGCAGCAAGAACAGCAGAGCAGCUAACGCUAACAGAGUGGCUAGCAGGACGGCUGGCAGGACGGCUGGCAGGACAGUUAGAAGUACAGCUGACAGGAUGGCUAACGUUAGCAGGAUGGCUGAUGGUGACCUUGCCCCCCCCACAGAGACCAUUGAUGUGAUGGACAACACUGAGGACAUUGUGGAGGAGGUGGUUGAUUUGACCUGUGAAGGAUCAGAAGCUGCUGUGGUCGACCUCACAAACAACGACUCAGUGCUGCUGCUGGAUGAAGGUCCUCAGAACAGAAGAGUCCCCACAGGUGAGAGCUACAUCGUCAGCAGUGAUGAAGAUGAGGACACGUCUCCUGUCCUAAACGCUGCCAUAGUGUCCUCUGUUCACACUUCCAGGUCAACUCCGGGGACGAUCAGCUGUCCCGUUUGUUUGGACUCGUACUCUGAGAUCGUCGACAGCGGCCGAUUGGUUGUAUCCACUAAAUGUGGUCACGUAUUUUGCAGUCAGUGUCUGAGAGACGCUCUGACAUCAUCACACACCUGUCCUAACUGCAGGAAGAGACUCACCCAUCGCCAGUACCACCCCCUCUACAUUUGACAUCACUCUGACAUCACCACACACAUUUGCUGCUGUUGGACAACAUAUUUCCAGUGACAUCAUCAGUGACAUUAUCGGAUGUUUUUUGCUGCUGAAUUUUAUUUUUUAAUUUUUUUUGUGUUUUAUCAGAAACAUGAAACCUUCAGUCAGAGCUGAUUGAUUAUUGAUAUUUGAUUGAUGUCCCAUUCCUCAGUUUCCAGCUCAUCUUUGUUUUCAUCUGUUAAAUGUUUAUUUUCAUGUGUAAAAGUAGAAAUUAAUAAAUACAUUUAUUGACUGUGAAAACAGUUUGUGUUUUCUAAACUUCAUCAGAAGAACCAAUCAGAGACCACACCAGUACAUCAGAGUCCUGAGGUCUGUACUAUGAAGCAGGGUUUGAGGUCAUCAGGUAACUUCAGGUUUAACUCUUGGUUUUAAGUCCGACACUGGUGGUCCACUUGUGGCCAGGUAAAUCACCAUGGUAACUGGUGCUGAACUCCUAACCUGCUCCGUACAGCCAAACCACUGACCAAUCAGGUCACUGGAAACACUGAGUCAUCAUUUCUACGGGAGCCUGAUGGAAAUAAAAGAGUUCACAGGCGAUCAAUAAUAACGAUUAGUAGAUAUUCAUAUAAAUCAGUGGAAUCAUUUUGUUUUGUUUGUUCCAGACCAGCAAGUGUGAUCAUAUUGUUUACAUUUCACCUCAUUGGCUUUCACUUUAUGACAUCACUUUAACUGAACUUACCUGCAGGUGUUGGCAUGUCUUCUCAGAUCAUAUUAAGGACUUUACCCAUGGUUCUGACGAUGUUGAUUAUAAUUAAAAACCCUGCCUCUUUCA